AUGUGUGUAGCUCUUGCCUGUAGACGACCAGCGAAAGAAAGAUAUCAUGCUUCGUCGAGAGGUGAGACUAAGGAGGGAGUACCUGUACAGGAAGGCACAAGAGGACAGACUCCGGACAAUAGAGGAGAAAAAACAGAAGCUGAAGGGAGCACUGGAUGAAAAUUGUCUGCUUCCAACUGAAGUACGCAAUGAAGCUCUGCAGCUGCAGAAACUACUCGAGUAUGACGAUGAAGGGGCAGAAGGUGUCAGCUCUCACAUGGACGAUGAGUAUAAAUGGGCCGGAGUGGAAGAUCCUAAAAUCAUGGUCACUACAUCCAGAGAUCCUAGCUCCAGACUCAAAAUGUUUACAAAGGAGGUAAAGCUGAUGUUCCCUGGAGGUCAGCGCAUGAACAGAGGAAAUCAUGAGAUUCCUUCACUUGUGCGAGCCUGCAAAGCUAACAAUGUCACAGACCUUGUCAUCGUACACGAAACAAGAGGACAGCCAGAUGGCCUGGUGGUGUGCCACUUGCCAUUCGGACCCACAGCUUAUUUCACACUUUACAAUGUGGUGAUGAGGCACGAUGUUCCAGACAUAGGCACCAUGUCAGAGGCCUACCCCCACCUCAUUCUUCACAACUUCACCUCACAGCUCGGCAAGAGGGUAUCAAAUAUCCUCAAGUAUCUUUUUCCAGUGCCGAAGGAGGACAGUAGGCGUGUAAUCACAUUUGCCAACCAAGAGGACUUCAUCUCGUUCAGACAUCACACCUACAAGAAAACAGACCAUAAGAACAUUAAGCUGACAGAAGUAGGACCCCGGUUUGAAAUGAAACUGUACAUGAUCAAGCUAGGCACCCUGGACAACGAGAGCACAGCAGAUGUCGAGUGGCGUCACCAUGCGUUUACACACACAGCAAAGAAAAGAAGGUUCCUCAGUGUGCAAUAGGAGCUAAUAAAGGAACUGAGAAAACCAGACCAAACUGUGGUCAAAAACUGCCUUUUUCUUAAAUUGUUAAGAUAGUGAGGUUUUGUCACAUAAACCCGCUAAAUAUGACAAGUUCUAAUCAGUUGUGUCCUAUAGUCAACGAAUAAUGGCCACCUUCGUCGUGUUCAAAUAUUAUUUGGUAAACAAAUACGUAAGACAUACUCUACUGACCAUAGACUGUAUACUAACCCUAUUAUACCUGUUUUGUAAUAAAAGUUGUUUGCAAUGA